AGUAAGCUAGUUGGUUUCGUAUCUUUAAAGCCAGCCUUGCAUAUAACGCACGUAUGGCAGGGGAAAGAGAGCCAUCACAUUGUAAAGAAAAAAGAACAAACGAAAAAAGAGAAUUGCAAGAAGAAAAAGAAGAGGGAGUUGAAGAUGGCAUCAAUGGCAACAUCAAAGCAGAUAUGGGAACAACAACAAUCGCAGAUGCAGCGCGUAAAGAACUCGGGAGUUAUCGUUAGCAACGAAACUCCAUUGAAGGAUGACAAGCAAGAGGAAACGGCCAAAUCUGCACUGGCAUUGUUUCGAGCCAAAGAGGAAGAGAUCGAGAGGAAGAAGAUGGAGGUGAGGGACAAGGUCGAGACUUAUAUGGGGCGCGUUGAAGAAGCAACUCGACGCUUGGCUGACGUUAGAGAAGAGCUUGAUGCCCUCAUAGAUCCAAUGAGAAAGGAUAUUGCGUUUCUGCGCAAGAGGAUAGACACCAUCAACCGGGAGCUGAAACCACUGGGACAGAGCUGCCAGAAGAAGGAAAGAGAAUACAAAGAAGCUCUUGAAGCCUUCAACGACAAGAAUAAGGAGAAAACACAACUAGUUGGCAAGUUAAUGGAGCUGGUGAGUGAAAGCGAGAAGUUGAGGAUGAAGAAGCUGGAGGAGCUGAGCAAAAGCAUUGAAACCCUUGGUUAAAAUCGGCGAUGACUAAAACAUGUGCUUUGCUUGCUGUAGUUUCACAACCAGUUUUCUGAUUGUUUGAUGUAUUUUUAUG